AUGAGCCUAACAAAAUAUGAUGGAAAUAUUCAUCCAGAUGAAUGGGAAGGUGGAGAAACAUCAAAGUAUAUUUCAAAUUUUCGUAAAUUAUGCUAUAAUGCAGAAAUCGAUGUGGAAGAACAAAAGAAAUACCUUUAUCAAUCACUUCCAAAUAAUUACUUUUUAACUGAAUUUUCUAAGAAGAAAGAGAAAAUUAAAUCUACAAAUGAGCUAAUGAAAGAAUUUGAGGAAAUUGUUAUAGACGAAUCAAAUUUAAUCAGAUAUGACUCCAUCAUAGCCUUAAAACAUGUGGCUACCGGAAAAUAUCUGAGUUCAAUUGGAAAAUAUUAUUAUUCUACUGGAAGCGGGUCUCAAAUGGUAUUUGCAAGUAAUUUAGUACUUGAUCGGAACGGUUUAUGGAUAAUCAAAAUUAACGAUACGGGUUUUAAUAAUCAAGAAUUGGCUUCUUACACCGACAACACUCCUAUAUAUCUACAACACAAGAAUUCUAGUUGCUAUCUUACAAAUUGUGGCCGUGAAACAAAAUCUCCAUCAACCGGGAACACAGAAGUGUGUUGUAACAAUUAUAGUGCCAAAUGGAAUUUCAAGAAUAGUAAAUUAGAAAAUUAUCAAGGAUAUUUAAGAUCAAACGAUAUUAUUAAUCUUAGUACCAAAUAUGGAGGAGAACCUUUACAAUUUUUACGCAGUCAUGAAUUACAGUUCACUAUUAAAAACGACACUUAUCAAGAGGUUGUUUGCCAUAGCGAAAGGUUAGGAGGUAAUGAUGAGUGGUGUAUUGAACUUGUCAAGUAA